AUCAUUUAUUUUUUAUUUCUGUCGCGGAUGCACUAAGAGCUAGACAUAUAGACAUGAUGAAAAAAACUUUCUACUACAAUUUUUUCCCCACCAAGGUAGAAGAAGAAGAAGCAGCAGCCCACAACGUCCAGUACCGACUGACUCGUACCCUAAUCGAAAUACGGGACUUGGAUCAUCAUCAGGCCUCUGGCGUAGAUCCAUGGCGGCAGAUCAUCAGAAAAAGCAUCACUGCAAGUGAUGUCUUCAUGGGGAAGCUCAGCUUGUCGGAACAAGAAAUGCUUGAUCUACUUAGACCUUGUACUUUAUCCAAGGCGAAUUCUCUGCUGGUUGGCGACAGAUCAUGUAUUUUGUACGACAACACAGAGGCGGAAGUGAAGUAUCACAUAGAUGUCGAGAGAGGGUCUCAAGACAGCUAUACCUUGCGAUGCACGAGUUUAUUUCGUAACCGGAAUCUUGCUCCGGGGGAUCAAGUAGGAUUGUUUUUGGAUGUUAGUAAUGAAGCUUUUAGAUUUAAGAUAUUAGGUCGUGCAAAUAGAAGUAGCAAUUGAUCUUUCUAGUUGGGGUUUUAGUUUCAUUUUAAUUUUAGAUUUGAUGUUCACAGCUUGCUUCCUCUAUUUUUUGAUAUUUGAUUAAUCGUUAGUUUAUUUACCAUUACUGUUAUUAUGAAAUUUUCUGUCAAUAAAAUUUUAUUUUAUUC